UAAGACGCGCCGCCCCCUCUCAGUCAUUCCCAAGAUGGCGGACCUACUGGGCUCCAUCCUGAGCUCCAUGGAGAAGCCGCCCAGCCUCGGGGACCAGGAGAGCCGGCGCAAGGCCCGAGAGCAGGCAGCCCGCCUGAAGAAACUGCAGGAGCAAGACAAACAACAAAAAGUGGAAUUUCGUAAAAGGAUGGAGAAGGAGGUGUCUGAUUUCAUCCAGGACAGUGGACAGAUCAAGAAAAAGUUUCAGCCAAUGAACAAGAUAGAGAGGAGCAUACUACAUGACGUGGUCGAGGUAGCUGGCCUCACGUCCUUCUCCUUUGGAGAAGAUGACGACAGUCGCUAUGUCAUGGUCUUCAAGAAGGAGUUUGCACCCUCAGAUGAAGAGCUAGACUCCUACCGUCAUGGAGAGGAGUGGGACCCCCAGAAGGCUGAGGAGAAGCGGAAGCUCAAGGAGCUGGCUCAGAAACAGGAGGAGGAGGCAGCCCAGCAGGGGCCCGUGGUGGUGAGCCCAGCCAGCGACUACAAGGACAAGUAUAGCCACCUUAUUGGCAAAGGAGCAGCCAAAGAUGCGGCCCACAUGCUGCAGGCCAACAAGACCUAUGGCUGUGUGCCUGUGGCCAACAAGCGGGACACGAGAUCCAUAGAAGAGGCCAUGAAUGAGAUCCGAGCCAAGAAACGCCUGCGGCAGAGUGGGGAAGAAUUGCCAACUACCUCCUAGGCAUCCCGCCCAGCUCACUUUGACCCGGGGCAGGGAGGGACAAGGCUGCUGCUAUUAGGACCCAUCCUAGAGCCCCACUUCUAAAACCAUGAGGUCCUGCCAGCUGCCACUCAGACUGGAGGAGCAGGUGUUUUCACUGCUGGAACUUGGAUGUGUGUUUGGUGAGUGGGUGCCUGUGUGUGUGUGAGAUGUGUGUGCAGAUGUGUGGGUAUUUAAUCUGUAUUACUCUGUUACCCUUGGAACUUUCUUCCCCAUGGGGCUGGGGCUGCUUUACAUUGAAUAAACACUGUUUGACCCCAA